CUGCCAGGUAGAUGCCCACAGGGAAGAAGACAAGUUCAGCUGAGCUGAUGCAUCUCGGCACCUGAUACCAGAUUCAGCUUCUGACAUGAAGAAAGAUAUAGAGUCUUUAAUAGCCCAGGAAAAAGCAGAGAUCGUUGCCAAGUAUGAGAAGGGCAGGCAGGAGGGAGCUCAGAUUGACCUAUGGGAAGAUGCUGAUUUUACACUGUAUAAAGUUACAGACCGGUUUGGAUUCCUGCACGAGCAGGAGCUGCCAACCCGCACCGCCUUGGAAGAGAAGCAAAAACAGCAGGAAAUUGAACGUGUGGACAAGUGGCUAAAGAUGCUGAAGAAAUGGAGCAAAUACAGAAACAGUGACAAGAUGUGCCGGCGAGUGUACAAAGGAAUCCCACUUCAGGUGCGAGGCCAGGUCUGGUCACUUCUGCUGGAUGUUGAGAAGAUGAAGAAGGAGAAUGAAGGAAAAUACGAGCAAAUGAAAGAACAAGCAAAGAGCUUUUCAUCGGAAAUCAAGCAGAUAGAUUUGGAUGUUAACCGCACCUUCCGAAACCACAUCAUGUUUCGGGAUCGCUAUGGAGUGAAGCAACAGGCACUCUUCCAUGUCCUAUCAGCAUACUCGGUCUAUAACACCGAAGUGAGCUACUGCCAAGGGAUGAGCCAGAUCGCAGCCAUUCUGCUGAUGUACUUAAACGAAGAGGAUGCAUUUUGGGCACUGGCACAGCUGCUGACCAAUCAGCGUCACGCCAUGCAUGGUUUUUUCAUUCCUGGAUUCCCGAAGCUGCAGAGAUUCCAAGCUCACCACGAGCAGAUUUUAAGCAAGAUGGUUCCCAAACUGAAGAAGCACAUGGACAAGGAGCAGAUGACUACGGGGAUUUACACGACCAAGUGGUUCCUGCAGUGUUUCAUCGACCGGACUCCGUUCACCCUCACCUUGCGGCUGUGGGAUAUCUACAUCCUGGAAGGAGAGCGGGUGCUGACGGCCAUGGCUUACACCAUACUCAAACUGCACAAAAAACGCUUGCUGAAGAUGACGCUGGAAGAUUUACGGGAGUUUCUGCAGGAGAAAAUCGCCGCUUCCCUGCAGUACGAGGACGAUGCCGUCAUCGAGCAACUGCAGGUGUCGAUGACUGAACUGCGCAAGAUGAAGUGUGACCUCCCCCCGCCAGCAAAGCCUGAGGAGUUCCCACGGAAACCCCUGGGCCUAGAGCUCUCCCUCAACCCAGUACCCAUGAAGGGCAACGUGGCAGCCAAUGGCCAGAAUGGCCGGAUGGGUGAGCACCCCCCGGACAGGGAACCCCAUCCCAACAGAAGUCCCGAGGCUCCAGGAGAGAUGGUGGCAGAGGCGAGGACUGCCACCCUCCAAGGCAGUGAAGCAGCUGAAGUGACAGACGUCCACUUGCAUCCUUCUGGAGGGGGGUCACUGGGAGAGGAGGGUCAGGUGGAGCCCACCGGGGACAGACAGCCACCAUGUCUUUUGAAGGCAAGUGAGAUGCAGGCUCAUCACCUCUUGCCCACAGCCCUGCCGCUGGAGCAGGCUCCUCUCACUCCUGUCUGUGCCAUGGCGGACCACGAGUCUGUCCCCCUCCCCACCCCUGCUGAGCUCGGCUCCUCAGACUCCUCUCUCCAAAACACAUCGAGUCCUCCUGACUCAAGCACGACUGAGUUUUCUGCUACGGACCAUGCUGUGUGGCAGCCAAAUCCUGUUGCCCUGCCGGUGAGAGAACAAGCAUCUUCCUUCUGCGAAGAGAAAGUGCUUGAGGCACCCCCUCAUCCUCCUCUGGAUGGUUUGCAGCAUCUCUCCAGUGAGUCUCAGUGUGACAGCUCCCCUGAGAGCAAGCGCCGGGAGGAGACAGCUGAGAAGCGCUGCAGAGCAGCACCACCAGACAAAACGGACUUGAAGCACUUGGCAUCCAAAGCUGCAUCCAUGGGGGAGCUCGCCAGCCUGCAGCAGAACGGGCCAGGGAGCACCAGCAUGCAGUGGCCGCAGGGGCUGGCAGGGGGCCGUGUGCCCAUCCUAUCCAGCAUCAAGGUGGAGGCAGUGGGGCUGGGUGAGGGCUACCCCUUGCAGCAGGCACCGUCCCCCGUGGUGGAGGGGAACAGUCCCUAUACUGUUAUCAAAACCACCACUCCCCUCCACCUGGCCCAUGCAACAGAGCAGGAUGUAGCGAACAGGAAGCAGGUGGCAUUGCCACUGCCCGAGACUGGAUGUCCCCUGUCUGCCACCUUUAUGCCACCAUCUCUUGUGCUGGACCCGGAGAAGGCAGAUGCCCAAAAAAGCUUCGAGAAACCAUUAAACGCGCUCAAAGCCCCACGACCCCCUCUAAGCCCCAAACCAAAAUCACUGCCACGGGUUGCCAAAUCGCACUCGGAGAACAAUUUCCUUUCAGGCUCUCCUUCCCUGGCGAAGCUGCCCAAAUCAGUGACAUUUUAG